GUUACAUCUAGGAUUGUGUCUGAUCAAUCACUUCUGUAUACAUAUAAAUUAAAUUGGUUUAUAUUUUGGAGAAAUAGUCUGUAGUGCCAAGGACCAUAAUGAGGAAGAACACUCCGCAAGAUGAAAGACAGAGAGAGGAAGAAGAAGGUCGCCUGCAUUUGGAGGAAAUCCUACGAGCUGACAUGGAAGAGCAGGAGCGUCAAGACAGAAUGGUUGCACUAACACUUCAAGAAUCGUUUACCCAGGCAGAAAUGGCUCGAAGGGGUGGCCAACAUGGUAGAAACAGACGAUGUAGAGGUUUUUGGCAUCAAAAUAGGGGUCACAAAUCUCGAGAAAUGGGGAGAGGUCAAGGUCAAGAAAAGACACACCAGGAGACUUUUGACCAUGAACUCGCCCUUUCUCUACAGAGAGAGGAGGCUGAGAGAAGAGGGGGUGGGAACAGAGACGGGAACAGAAACGGUGGUUUCGGGCUUACUGUUGUCCCCAAACUAGCCCGAAAAGCUGCAGGUUUUCUGCAGAAUUGCCAUCAGGAAAUGAGAAGAACUUGCCGUGAAAUAAAGCAGGCAGCGGCAGCCAGUCAACAGGGGUUACAUCUUCAAUCUCAGACCCGAGACUUUCAUGAUGCACAGCCAGGGUUCCAGAACCACCACAUGAGCUUUUCGCAGGCAGUGGCCGCAAGUCAACAGGGGUUACAUCAUCAAUCUCAGCCCCGAGGCCAUCAUGAUGCACAGCCAGGGUUCCAGAACCACCACAUGAACUUCUCGCAGAUGGGUAGCAUCGACAAUUUUGCCAGAAUUUCUGAAAUGUUUGACCUGGCUGGCUUGACGAAUGCAGGAGAUGGUUUUGAUGCUCUGAUAGGUCUGGGAGCGCUCCAGGAUAGUGUUAUUAGAGGCCUGACCACAGAAGAGUGCUCAUCACUGCCGACAAAGACGUACACACAGACAGACGGAGAUACCGCGGACUGCAGCGUGUGUAUGGAGAACUAUAAGACUGGAGAUAAACAGACAACAUUGCCCUGUAUCCACAUAUUCCAUGAGUCUUGUAUAAACGAGUGGUUGAGGGAGAGCGCAACAUGUCCGGUGUGCAGGGAGGUCGUUAAAGUUUCUGGAGUCCAUAUGAACGUCUAGUUCAAUUUACAGUUAUGUUUUCAUGAAAUGCUGAAUUAAUUAUUUAUUUAAUUAUUUAAUUAAUUAUGAAAAAUAUUAUAGUGAUGUACUGUGAAGACUAGUUGUGUAACUGUUAAACAGUGAUUGUGCAGUUGUUGACAAUGACUAUCAGUACAAGCGUGUCAUAUUUAAUUCAGCUUUCAAUAUAUUCAUAUAGUGUGUGUCUUGAUGCUUAAUUUUUCGUUUUUAUAGUUGUGUUCAAAGGCUUUCUGACUGUAAGGCUCCUUCGUACUGAUCGUUGAUUUUUAUAUAGGGUAGUAAAUUGCAUUGAUCGACCAUGUCUAUGCAGUGAUUCAUUUUUAAAUAUGUGACCAAGUCUGCGAAAAUAGGUCCUAAUGAGGAACAAUGACGUUUUCAUUUUUUGAAUUUUCUGAAUGUGUUAUGAUUCAGAAAUGAAGUUUUAAGCCGAUAUCUUUAAAAUUGACUGAUUGAGGACAAUUUUCGUAAUAACACUAUUUGUUAUAAAAUGGUGAAAAUAUGAAGGAAAGGAAACUCAUGUAAAUACAACUAUUUUGGUUUAAAGAGUCUGUAUUUCAUCAAAAUUUAAUACACUGGUUUUAUUUCUUUUAAAACAUUAUCAAUAACAUAAAUUUUGGAAAAUAUAACACCACGUGUAAAUUUUAUACAUAUGGUUGUCAAGGCUACAAUAUGAUAAUAUGAAAUGUAUCAAAAAACCUGCUAAAACCAGCUCAAAUGCACAAAAUCACGGUUGACUUUAAAGAUUUGAUCCCACAAAAGUUUCAGUAUGUCAUUACUUUUUAAGCCUGAUAUGAAGUAAAAUAAAAAAUAAACAGCAAUUUCUGUUUAAAUAACCUUAAAAAUAAAACAUGGGACUUUUUUGAAGUUGAACUGUUCAAUAUUGCUUGUAACAUUUGUUGUAUAAACCAAAACAAACAUAUUUUUGCUACAGCAUAUAUUGAAAAUAUGUAACUUGACAUGUUUAUCAAAUGAUUUUUUUAAAUAAAAUAGACCAGUUAUAUAUUUGGUCGCCAUAGAAACUAACAAUUACAUAGAAUAGUUCCUUUUUUGUUAAUUUCAUGAAAAAAAUGUUUUUUUUAGUUGUAAAAUUGUAAGUGAAUCUGAUGGAAUGUAUUAGAAUAGAAACCAAAGACAAAUAGUACGUAAGAUCAAAUUGACAACAUACGUUUGCACGUAAGGUUAAUCACUUUAUACAUGAAUAGUAAUUAAGAUGUAGACGUACACUUGUUUAGUAUAAUACAGUAAUGUUUAGAAAAAAUGAAUGCCAUCAUACUUAUAAAUGACCAGCAGUUAAAUGAUAUUCCUGUGAAUAACAUAUAUGUAUAUGAACGAUUCAAUGAUCAAUGAUGUGUGUUCUUUUGGUUGCCUUGGAAACAAAACAGUUCAUUAAAUCAUGUUUAUUCCCUAGUUGUUAGACAAAGAAAUAAGUUCUUUGAAAGUUAAUAAAAACAUCGAAUUUACACUUACAUAGAGAUUUUUAACUCAUUGCAGAUCAAUAAAUGUGUUUUUAG